UCUUGGCUUCCUGCUAGGGUUUCCAUUCCAUGGCGGCCGCCUGCUCUUGGGUCCUCGUCGAUUCCAAGGCCUACAUCGACGACGACACCAACGGCAGCACGGCCGAAGAGUUCACGAACACAAGCAACCACAUCGGGGUUUCCCUAUGGCCUGCAUCCCCGCCGAUCCCAUCCCGUCUCUCCGUGCACGUCAAGUGGAUGCAUCCCGGCCAUGAAUUCCUCCAUGAACCCAAGAUCCUUUGCGCGGCGGACUGCGUUUUUCUCCUCCGCGUCGCCAUCGGCUCCAUCUCCACACGACCCACAUACAAGAUGAGCGACUACUUCAUCUACCAGCUGGCUACCUCCACAGGUCCGUUGCUCAAGCUCCUCCCUCACCCUUACCCUCACUUGUUCAGAGACGAUGACGUUGGUCUCCUCCCCCGCGACGACGACUUCACCAUCGCUGCGCUGACUCAACCCUCGUAUUUCAAAUUCGUGCUCUACCUCUUCAAGUCCGAGGACUGGUAUUGGACCUCCAGGGAGGUGCUAGUGGACCCGCCCCAGACACCCUUCCCGGAGCCGCUACCCCCUGGCCGCCGCCAUUUUGGGCAUGUUACCAGCUCGGUCAUCACCAUCGGGAGCAGGGGAGCCAUUGGCUGGGUUGAUCUCUGGAACGGAAUACUGCUCUACGACGAGCUCCCUGACGACGACAACAAACUCCGCUUCGUGCCGCUGCCGGUAAGGCUGGAAAGCCAUGGCGGCCAUGCGCUUGAGUGCUGUCCAAAGCCUUACCGAAGUGUUUCUGUCUUGGGGGAUUGCCUCAAGUUUGUCGAGCUGGAACCCUCCGGCGAUCGUCUUCCUGGUAAAGACCCUGAAACCGGGGGCCCCAACAUCAGAGUUGAUGACUGGACACUCACCACAUAUACCAACUGCGACAUCACUGGGGAUCCUGACGAUUGGAAAACCGACUUCACCGUCAAUGCAUCCAACAUCCGAAUCGACACAGCAAUGCGGUCCGGAUUGCUUCGCUGUGGAAUGCUGCUGCGUAAGACUGACAACAGUGCAUGUGAGGCUACAGAGAGAAACCUGCAAAAUCUCUGGACAUAUCAGCCUGUUGUCAGCCUGAAUGGUCAAGGCACUGUUGUUUACCUCAUCACCAGCGUCAAAGUCAGGCACCCAAAGGCAUGUCUUCUCGCUGUUGACAUGGCCAACAACCAAGUACAAGCAAUGGCUAUGAUUGAAACUGAAAGGAGCACCGACUUGUGGCUCAACUAUUUUCCUUGUAGGAUCUCAACUCCAGCUGCCUGAAUGGGACUACUAUGCCAGUAACUCGCGGUACUCUGAUGCUUGGGAAACAAACUGCUGCUGAUGGUGGGGAAUGAAGCGCGUCUACAGAAUUUGGUCAAGUUUAAGGUUUAUAAUAGUUAUUAAUCCGAGCGUUUUACCGGGACACUUUGUAUGCUCGCUCAGUACACAUCUAUGGGGUUGUAAUAAUGUCGAGGACAUUCUUGUUUG